AUGCAAAGAUUAUAUUCUAAACCAGUUACAAACGUUAAUACCGUAAAUAUAUCUGUCAUCGGUAUGAAUGGUUCCGGGAAAUCAGCUGUGGUAGUGAAAUAUCUAACACGUCGUUUCAUCGUUGAAUAUGCACCUUAUUUGAGUGACAGUUACACAAAAAUUGAUUGCGUUGAUGGUCAUGAAUUAACAGUGAAUAUUCAGGACACCUCCGACAGUGACGAUAUUGAUCUCGAUGAUAUCAUUAAAUGGUCCCAGGCAAUCAUUAUAUUAUUUUCUAUGACAAGUCGUCGAAGCUUUUAUCGUGCUCAAGAGCUGGUUGAAGCAGUUCAUCUACAAUGUGAAUUAUUUGACAGAAAACCGAAAUUAUCUGGAUCACAGGCAAGCAAAUCAAACGUUCCAUCACAGUUCACCUCAUCCUUAACUGGUUCUUCUGUUAAUAUAUCUUCAUCAAAUCCCGCGUCAACAAAUACACAGAAUUCUCUCAUACAGUCUGGUUCGCUUAGACGUUCAGCUUUAUUUACAAUAAAUACAGCAAAACCGCCUUCAUUAUUACUAGUAGCUAAUAAACUAGAUUUAGAGCGAUUUCGUCUGGUACAGAAGACUGAAGCCGAAGAAUUUGCUAAAUCACAUGGAAUUCCAUAUUUUGAGAUUACUGUCGCUGACACCUAUAAGGAAGUGCAGACAAUUUUUCAUGCUGCUGCUCGCCUAUACCUUCAGUCGAAGGGUAUAAAACCACGUCAGACAAAUGGACAGCCGAUAUCAGGUGGUAGAGGCAUCCUUCCUAGUGGAAAUCCACCUAGUGUAUUGACAAGUCUAGCUGUUUCACCCAGCCUCUUGUUGCAAAAGAAAUCGACAACAACUUCACCUUUUAGUUCCGAGUCUAUAGCAUGUACAGAAGCUGAACCGACUCCUGUGGUUGGAGUGCCCACAUCGAUUCUUUCCAAUUUGAGAUUGAGAGCCGCUAGCCCUACUUCAACAACUUCUGCAGUAAAACCACCAAGCUCUGCCCGGUUCCCUAACCCACAAACCUCUCCACCUUCUAAACAAUCAGUUUUGUCCAACAGUCAACCACCACAACCUGCAUCAACCCAAUCACAUUCUACUGCUCAAAAUCCAACUACAACUCAUUCUACAUCUAAUAUCCCAACAACAAAUAUAUUAUCUCGUAAAGCGCCAAGCAUAGGUGGCAAAUCAAGCCAGCCUCAGAGUGAACAACGAACUCCUUCAUCUGUUUCGCCCGGUAAUGUCAGCGUAACAACCACAGCCCCAGGAAAACAACCCAUUCGAAAUCCAGCUCCCCCACCUAUCCCACCACCAAAGAAAAACCCUAUAGGUUUUAAAUUUUUCUCCAAAAGAAAACAGCACUCAAAUUUUAACAGUUGCUUAAAUCCCUCUUUAACUUGGAUACUUUUCAUAAUUGUAUCAUCAUUAUUGUCUACAGAAAUGAUUGAGCAACGUAACCAUAUGGGUGAAACACAUAGGAUUCUUAUCUAUACAGAUUUAGCUCAAGGAACACAGAUGACACAGAUCUAUACCAUUUCUUCAAAAGAUACAGUAAAAGACGUUAUCAAACAGAUACUUGCAAGAAAUCAUUUGAGUUUGAAAGAUCCAAAUUUAUUUUACCUCACCUUCAGACGUCAAUCUUCUAGUCAUGAAAAUAAAAAGGGUGUCAGGCAGAGGCGCAUGUUUCAGAGUAAUGUAUACGAAGAAAAUCUACAAUUGUCAACAGCUUGGCCACUGCAAAUAAAUCAAAAAGAAGUUGAUGUUACUCUGUAUAGCGAUGCAAUAUUAUCAAGAACUUUAGAUUUAACCAAAGACAACAGGUUAACUCUACAUAUGCAAACAGGUGGAGUACUGAAGGUCUACGACAGCUGCUUUUCGAACCCAGCAUCCAUUAGACAAUUUCACAUAGCAAAAACAACAUGCAGUGAAGAGUUGAUUGAUCUGAUACUAACUGUUGCGGGUUCAAGUGAUCCAGUAAAUGAUUAUUGUCUUGUGGAAGAAGGCGCAAAUGAAGAAAGUAGGAUAUUGCGUCCUAAAGACUAUCCCUUAUUAAUUAUUCAGAGUACUCAGUCAUCUGGUAUGUUGGUUCUGCGUAAACGAGAAGAGGCGUUAACAAUGGGUAAAAGGCGUUCAAGUUGGAUAAGCAAAACAAAACCAUAUUUCAGGCGUUCAGCAUUCGACAGGAAUUCACGUACACCCUCACCAGUUAAACUAUCACUCACACAACGGUUAAAUCCAUUUCCGUGUAUAUUCAAAGGAAUUUCAAGGAGUCGUACAAUGGAAAGCUUCAAUUCUGAACAACUUCCGCCAUUUGAAAAAAGUCAAUUCAUAGAAUCUGAACAAAAAACAAGUCAACAAAAUACAAAUGAAUACUUUCCUAAACCUUUGAAUACUCAGACGAAUAUGUCGUCUUUAAUGGGGCAAAACAACAAGGGGGAUAAUCAAGACAGUUUUGAAGUUUUUGGCUCACCAGCUAGUCAAAAUAGUUCUAAUGAUUCAGGUAUUACUACUCAUUCAUCGACUAUUAAUAAGAGAUUUGCAACAAAUCAUCAAACAGUGAACAAUGAUUCAAAUGCUUCAGAGUGGUCCCUAGGACCAUCGGAAUCUUUUAUGAUGAACCACAGCGGAAAAUCCACUUCGACCACUCCACCUCUGCCACCGAAGCCAGUAAAUCAUCGGACAAGAUGUUGUAAUGGACUAAAAGAUCAAUAUUUAAAGGCCAGUUCACAUGACUCGUGUAACCAUCAGUCAGUUGAGCCGCCAAGGCCACAUCGUCGAAAUCUGUCAUGUUCUGAAAAAGAUAAGAAAUGUAGGUCAGAAAAGAGUGCAUCACCUAUUUUAGCACUUGAUGCGAAUGGUAUAUGUGAAAAUAGGCAGAAUGCCGUAAGAUUCCAGGAAAAUGCCAGUGGCCUUUCGCAGUGUGCAAAUGGAAAUGACUGUCCCUCAGACGAUUCUACUCUUAGUGACUUUAAACCUGGAGAUCACUUUGAAAGAGCUGAAUCUAGUGAUUCAGUAAAAACCACGGUCCCAGUUGAUUGGGACAGCAAAACAACGAGUCAUCAGCAGAUAUCAAAUGCAGCAGGCAUAGAUGCAACGUAUGACAACAACUAUAGGCAUUCAAACACAGAAUAUGACGUACCUGCUGAUAAUUCUAUCGACAGAAGAGAUUCAAGUCCUUCAUCCCUUUUGCUUGAUAUAUAUGAAAAGCUAAAGUGUUUUAACAGGUCAAAAAGUCGUUGCUCCUCUCCUCAGAAGCCUCCGUUACCGUUAAAUAGAACACAGGUAGCUAACAUACAAAAGUACCAAGAGAGAAUGGUCCAAACGGACGAAAGCUCCCGGAGCAGUAGUAGGGGAUCACUUAUUAACUCGCCUUCAAGAGGUUACCACGAAAUGAAUGGCGAUUAUGAUGCAUCAUUUAACGAUCUUUUCCAUGUUAAAACCCCUACAAAUGAAAUGAAUUCACAUGCUUCUCCAUGUCGAAUGUAUUCACCAACUAGCAAUACUUUAUCUGCAAAUAUUAACAAUGAUUCAAGCAAAUCGUGGAGAGUUAGAGAAGGGAAAAGUUGUGAAACAUUCACUUCAAAUCACAGUGAUGAAGAUUUCAGUUCAGAUAAAAAGCAUCAAAUCAUGUCAAAUGGUGUUCAUAAUUUACAGAAUGGUAAUCACAAUACACAGUCUUCUCUAAUGGUUGCUUCCAAUCUGAACGACUCAGAUGUGAAUGUGUCCAGUGUUUCACGACAAAAUAUGCUUACCUUAGCAGCUGAAAUACCAACACAGUUAAAUAUAUCCCAACAGUACGGAAUGCAGCUUAAUCUAUCACCAAAUUAUUUUAUUCCCAAUAAUAUUUUGCCACUUCCUUCUCAACAGCAUUCACCCACACAAGUACAAAAGCUUUUCACUUAUAAUUUUGAAGCUAGGCGCAAUUCAACCAAUAGAUUGUCUUCAUCAGAUGUUUCUGCCAUGGGUGAUGAAAAUAUAGUCUCACUGAAAGAAAAUGCUCUAACUAAUACAAAAUCAGCAAACAGUUCAUCAAAGAAAACAAAUCAUAAAGGAGCUAAUAUCCUAGUACAUGGAUGUACGAAAACACGUGCCACAGCUUUUAAUACAGACUACUUUGAAUCCUAUCCAACGCUUUUUGAUGUUUUACAUCACUGUGAUAUAUAUCGUGUAUUGUUAGAUCCAAAUCUUCCAAGUUUAAGUGAUCAACUUGGCCUACGUUUAUGCUUAACUAAAUUUCCUUUGGAUGAUGUACAACGAGCUGAUACUCUUCAAAAACUACAAUAUAGUGAUAGGUAUGGUAAAAAAGAUUCAAAUGAAAGUAUCAAUUCUGCUCACUCGAGUAGUCGCUUAAAUAAUUCAAAAUCACGAGUGAGAUCACCUAAUAGUGGUACCUUCGUAACACUAGAUAUGCAACAAGCGGAAUCAUCAUUUGAUGUCGUAACUAUUGAAAGCAUUGAACCUGAUUCACCAGCAAGUUUUGAAGGUAGUUUAGCACCAGGUCAUAUAAUAUUAGAAGUCGACGGUAAAGACUUACUCCGUCCUUAUUAUCUAAAAGAUGUACAUGGAAAUCGGAUGAAUGUUCUUGAUGUUGCGCGAAAUCAACUUCGAAAUGCUCGUCAGGCGGCAUUAACUAAUGAGAUUCCACCUAUUCGUAUCACAGCAGCUCAGUAUCAUUCAAAUUUUGGUUCAGCUAAUGCUGCAAAUAAUCUGGAACGUUUCAAUUCAUCGAUACGUUCUAAAAAUGAAGCGAAUAGGAGAAAAUACUCCUUAUUGAACCACCAGACAAUGAAUAGUAUAAGCUACGAGAAGCAAAACUUGACCAAUGGUGAUUUACCAGUAGUUGAAUCACACGACGAAAAUAUUAAUCAAACACAUGAAAGUAAUCAAUUAUCGAGAAAGACUUCGGAAGAAAUUGAUGAUUCAAACAGUAAAUCAGUCUCUGAGUUAACAGACUAUAGUGAAGAUGGAGUCAAUUCUUUAAAAAGUAAACUGAUAUGGUUUCCACAUCGUAGAGAUGAAUACCCAUCCCAAUCACCAUUUGAUCCCAGAAGUCAUGAAUUUUUUGUAAAUCUAUGAUGCCAACUGUCAGUCAUUGAAUGCUGAUACCAAAUAUUAUCUUCCUUCAUUCAAAAGAGAAAUUUUGAGAAUCAUCAAAAAACGGAGUUGAAAAAUUUGUUAAUUUCUUGAAAAAAGAAUUUUAGUAUUACAAUAAGGUGUACAACUUUUAUUUCCUGUUAUAAUACU